ACACAGCAACUUUUUAAAAAAAAAAAUUAUUAUUGAUUUUAUGUUUCAAUGACAUGAGCCGGGUUAAACUUUCUCAAAGGAAGUUUGUGCUCAUCUGUUGUUGGUCACUGUCGCUGGACGCUUCCUGAUUCAUCUUAUCUGCGUCGAAGGCUGUGACACACCGCUCCUUUUGCUCCGGUUUCAUUUUGAAGGUGUUGAACUCUGUCCGUCAUUAUGUGACACGUUUCAUCACAGGGUAAAGUAGAAUAUAGGUGCACUCAUGACCAUGUUGUUCCAGCUCUUCAUACUCCUUCAACUCCUGUCUUAUGGAGAUCUGGCCUGCACAAGGAAGCUGCUGUCGAAAGAGGAAGACCAAGAAGUGUUUGUGGAUGAAGGGGACGCACAUUCGUUCCUGGGUCGCCAUCUGUUGUUCAACCGGUUUGACUUUGAGAUUUUCGUUCCUGGAAAUCUGGAGAGGGAGUGUAAUGAAGAAGUCUGCAAUUAUGAAGAAGCAAGGGAGGUCUUUGAAAACAUCCCGGCUACAGAUGUUUUUUGGAAGAAAUACUCGGAAGAAAAGCAAAAACGCCCCACACGGGUUGAUGUGACAUCUCUUUUGGUGGGACUGAUUGCUGUUGGUGUGGCCAUUGUUAUCGGCGGCCUUCUGCUCUGGUAUUUCUGUCAAGGCAAAUGCAAGAGCUUCAGCCGUGCAAACUCCGUCCGAGUGCGACCGAGGAGGACUAAUGCUCCGCUAAUAAUGCGACGGCUAGAGGAGGUGUCCUUACAACCUGUGCAUCCAAUCCCUAUGGAGGAAAUAGACCCAGUGGGUUUGCCUUCAUAUGAGCAGGCAAUUGCAAAAACUGGACCGCAUGAUGCUCCACCUCCUCCAUAUCCUGGCUCACGAACUGGGACUAUUCGGCAGUAGUAUCUCCAGGACAACACAUCCGCAUGUCUGUCAACAUUAAGCAGACAACUAACAAUAACACUGUUUUAACACUGCUCAGCAUUGUAUGCCAUUUUUUUUUCAUCAUCACAAGAUUUAAAAAACUUCUUAUGCCUUAUGUUUAUUGCUCUGAUUAUCGUUUUCUACUCGUACAUUUCUAAUCUUUCUGGCCUGUUGAGGUAACUUUUCCUAAGCAGUAUAAUCCACCUUCUUAAUGUGCUGGUGCCAAAACAAAGUAGUCGGCUGUCUGUGCUAACUAUUCUCCAGGAACUAAUUCUGCUUUAUAAUAUUACCCCAAACCUGUUCUGAAUAAGCUUUAUAAUACAUUUUACCUGGUUAAUGUAUUGGACAUGAGGGAUUUAAAUUGCCUGAGUAGUAAGGAUCUCAAUGGGCAGUUGAUUUAUUAAGUUUCAUUACACAAUAAGUAUUAAUUGCAAAUGAAGAGAAACAGAGUGAUCUGUAUAAUCAUACAGUUGCCUGUCUCAAGAAGGAAAAAUAGUAACACCAGCACUGAUUUCAAUGGCAUGAUUGUAUUAUAUCAAAUAUUGCCAUACAGAAAAUGCUUUUAAGGAAAUACAAGUGCUUUUGUUUCACUAGUCUCCCAGCUUGCUUUGUCAAAUUCACUUUAAGAUAUAAAUCAACAUCAUCUUUUAUCUUUUUUUUUUAUGUGGUGUUUUUUUUUUUCUGUUUUACAAACUUCUAUUGUGUCAGGAAAUGUAUGUCUGUGUCACCGACUAAUGAGAAUGUGAAGUAAUGUUUACUUUCAAUAUAUAAAUUGUGGUUUGAUUAUUUAAUGUAAUAAAUAGAUGGAGGUGGAAGCUCUUUGAAAUAAGUUUUACAAUAUUUUACAUUUAUUCUAAAGAACAUUUAACAAUUCUACAAGAAAAUUAUAGCUGUGAUGAAAAUGACAACUAAAACUUAUUUCAACAGUUGGGAUGUACAGUUGUCCGACAUGUCCAAGUCGGACAACUGUACUCUCACUUAACUGUAAUUUCAAUAUGCAUUUUACAAGCCUGUUGGAUGCAGGUGUUUCAUUCCCAUCAGAUGAUGCAGAAAUACAAGGGUUUAGAAGUUAUGUCCUUCUAAAUUACCAUUACCAAAGUUUUAUCAUGACAUGAAAAUGAAAAUAGGGGUUGGAGUUGUUGAAGAUGAUCUGUACCAUAACUACUUGAAAAGAAAAUCAAUAUAUUAAAUAAAAUGUACAUUUUAAAUAUUUUUGUCUCAUCUUCUAAAUAUGUGUGAGGUUGUGUGCAUGUGUGCAAGAUGGCUCUAUGGUGUUCCUAUUGUUAUGUAUUAAUUAUAUGAGCAUAUGAUCUGAUUUAAGGGAUUUAUCAGCUAUAUUAGAUGAACACUGUAUAUGCUCUUAAAAAUGUUCACAGUUUUUUUUUAAUUUAUAGAGAACAAUUAUCAUCAAUGUACUGUUUGAUGUAUGUUGAGAAUACCAAGAAGUUUGGCUUUUUACCUGUA